GAAUACGGAAAGAAUUAAUCACGUUGACCCAAAAAAACACCCUCCCCAGUCCCCAUCAUUCCCUCUUCACCUCUACUUUCCUCAACUCUUAAUCCUCAAAACACAUCUUCAACCCACAAAACAAAGAAGCACACGGAAAUGUUAAAGCAACAUUUCAGCCACCCCCACCCACUGGCCGCUGCAACCCUGGUCGAAGACGACGGAACGCUCUGCUCCGCCUGCGAAUUCCCACUCUCCGGCGCCGCCUUCAAGUGCUCAAAGCCCAAAUGCGAAUUCCAUCUCCACGACCUCUGUUUCGCCCUCCCACCGGAGAUCCACCACCCCUCUCACCCAAAACACCCCCUCAUCCUCGCCGGAUCUCCGCCCUACGUCGGUGGUGAGUUCGCCUGUGAUGGCUGUGGUGACGUGGGCUCCGGCUUCAUCUACCGGUGCCCACGAUGCCAGUUUGAUCUACACAUCCACUGCGCCGCGUUGCCGGAGACGGUGGUAGGGAAAAACCACGACCAUCCGCUCCGGCUUGGGUUCGAGUCAAAAGGAAAAGGAUUUUGCUGCGGUGUUUGUGAGGAAGGUUUCGGAAAUGGUGGUUGGGUUUAUUACUGCGGGGUUUGUGAUUUUGGGGUUCAUGUUCACUGUUUUGUGGCUGAUGAUGAGGAUGAAGAUGAAGAAAUAGUGGGGUGAUUUUGAUGGAGAUGAACAUGAACAUGAACAUGAAGUUGGUUGGUGUUUUCUACUCAUAUUUUGUAAUUGUAUAGAUGAAUUUCAAUGUUGUGGAUUUUGGCCUAUAUAUGUAUUUUGAUAUGCGUUGGAUCCUACGUUUUUUUCUUCUAUCACAUGUUUCUUUUCUAAUCAA